CUCUUCAAGAAGGUACAUUUUGGUUUCAUCACACUCGAAUCCUUCAAAUCACAGGCAUAGAGCCUAUCCAUGAAAUCUUACUCAGUACACAUAGCACCACUCACACAGGAUCGGUUAAGGAUCGGCUACACAGAUCCGUCGUUGAUCCGCUACAAAUGCGGAGUUGUGUAAGCAGAAUGCGGAGCUCAAGUACUACCACAGUACAGUAGGAAGUAAGGCGUCCGUCAGCACACAUUCACAAGCACAUAUAUAGGUUUAACGCCUUGCUUCCAUAUCACACAACCAUUUCAUCAUUUCAUUCUGCACUUCUCGAUCGAAAUGGACAUUCCAACCGGCCCUGGCAUCCUCGUUUCUCGAUUCAAGCUUCGCGACUCUUUUGAAAUCUCUCAAGAAUUGCUAGAGAAGUGGUACGACGAAGUUCACAUCCCCGACGUCCUCGCAACCGGCGGCGUCAAGUCUGCUUGGAGGUGGAAGGCGGUGGAUCCCGAGUAUGGAAGCCAGAACAUUGUCUUGUACAAGCUUCCAGAUCUAGCAUUCGUAAAUGGUCCCAAAUUUCAGGCUGUCAAGUCGACCAGUGACCUGCUGCCUGGAGGCAGGUCGAUGCUAGACUUCACGGCGUUUGAGAUGAGGUUCUAUUCGAUGGUACAGUUGUUCCAGACGGAACAGCAACCAGAAGAUGCAACGUCAACAAUCAUAUGGGCGGCUAUGGAACCCGCUGCAGGCGGAGCCGCUGACUUGGACUCGUGGUAUCGUGAUGAGCACAACCAGCAAAUGUCAAAGGAACCCGGAUGGAAGCGAACGACGCGGUUCCGGAUUGUUGGUCAGUUAUAUGACUUCACACCUGCGAAUGACGCGCCAAGCUUCCUGACCAUUCAUGAAUUCGGAGAUGGACACAAGAUUGGGAAGAAAGUGGUGCCAUUGGACCCAAUAACGGAGUGGACCAAGAAGGUGAUGGGUUCUGCGAAGACGACUGAUGCAGCAGUUUACCACAAGGUGAAGAGUUUCGGAAAAGCAGCAGAAUAGACUAGGGUACGCGCUGAAUUGCUCAGAAUGAUAUCAUGCAUUGAAGCCUUCGUAUCCACUUGCACUGU